AUGGUUCGUCCUCGACGUUUUCGCCAGAGUAUUUACCGUAAUACAAAGGCCCUCCUCUUACCAGAAUCGAAUAGAAAAUCUCAAAAACGAUCGUUAAUGUUAAUCAAACUUAGUUUAUCAGCUUCUAUUCCAUUUAUGAUUGCAAUCUUUACCAUAGUUUCAUAUAUUCAACAAAUGCAAAUCGAUAGCAAUAAUCGUGAAAAAGAUUUAGAAAUAGCUAAUUUAACACGUAUACAAGAUCAAAUGAUUGCCAAUAUAACACGUUUACAUGAUCUUGAAAUUACUAAUCUAACUCAAACAAAAGAUUGGGAAAUUGCAAUGGCUAAUUUAAUUAUUGCAAAUGAAACAAAAAUUCAAGAUCGUCAAAUUGCCGAAGAGAAUCGUAAUGAAGAUCGUGCACAACAAUAUGAUUUACAUUAUGAAACACUUUAUUCGAAAUAUAUUGAAGAUAUUUCUACUAUACUUUAUAAACAACCAUAUAAUCAAACAAUAUUUACUAGUGAAGAAAAUAAAAUGCUUUAUAUUCGUCGAAAAACUCUGAUGACUCUACGAUCAAUUGAUAGUGAACGACGAAGUCAAUUAUUUGUAUUUCUUUAUGAAAAUAAUUUAUUACCUGAUCAAUCAUCUCCAAAUACGACUAUAUCAUUAAUUGGAGCUCAUUUACAAAAGAUUACUAUUGAAAGUCCAGUUACUGGCUCGUAUCAAUUCGAUUAUUUAUCUUUACAAUCUCUUAAUCUAAUGAAUGCUGUGUUUAUUGGUUGUACAUUUAAAGGAAAUACAAAUUUUAAUGGAUCAAUUAUGACAAAUGUUCAAUUUAUUGGAGCAACGUUUGAAGGUCAACUUACAGCAUAUAAAGUAAAACUUAUUAAUGCAUCUUUUACUAAUUGUACUUUCAAAAGAAAAGUCAUUUUUCAAGAUUGUGAUUUAAGUUAUGCAAAAUUUAAUCGAUCAAAUUUUAAUCAAUUGUCUUCUGAAUCUGUUAUUUUAACGAAUGGAUCAGUUAUUGAUUGUAAAUUCAAUGGUAAAAUAGAAUUUACACGUUCAACAAUGAAUGGAAUUAGUAUUAUCAAUUCAGAAUUUGAAAAAAAUAUAGGACAUGAAUUUUCUUCCGUAUCUUUGGAUUAUUCCGAUUGUCAUAAUAUAUCAUUAGAUUAUGUUAAUUUUCAUUCUUCAAGUUUAUCAUAUUCAAAUUUUAGAGGAGCACAUUUGACUGGUGUUCAGUUUGAUUUAAAAACUUUUAUUAUUAAUUCAGACUUUUCCGAUUCAAUUUUUCGUUGGGCUCGAUUAGAUCAGACAAAUCUUUCUGGUUCAAUAAUAGAUUUUAAUCAAUUUUAUAGUUCACAAUUUAAGAAUGUUGUUCUUCCAAAUGGUACUUGGGUGAUUGAUAAAGAAGAAAUAUUGAAAAAUGGUAAUGCUGAAAAAAAUUGUCCAAUACUUUCUGGAAACAAAAUUCAAUUACCAUGGGAAGAAGAAAUUGGUCCACCGAUUUUAUAUCAUCAUAAUAUAUCUUAUUCGAACUCACUUGUAGGAAAUUGUUCAUAUAAGUGUCCUGAUGAAGGCGUAUGUUGUAUGGAACAAAGAAUCGAACUUCUUAGGUAUUUACUGUUUAUUGAAAGUGGAGAAUUACAGUACACUUUAUCAGCAUAUUUUGGAAGCGAUAGUGAAUGUGCUGAAGGUCUGAUUGAAGUAUGGAUUGUAACUCCUAAGUGGCCAUUUAGAAGAAAAUUUUCUAAUCCUUACAUUAAAUCAUCAGGCAAUUACAUACAAUGGCAAGAGACAAAAGACACAUUUAAAUUACCAAAAGAUAAUGAGUAUGUUUUUCAUGUUCGUGUAGUAUUCAAUCUUUAUUCAAACUCAUGCUAUAUUGAUAAUAUUAAAUUUCGUUUGGAACAAAAUUAA